UUUGGAAAAGUCCGGUCCAAUCUCAUUCGAAAUUAAUGUCCUGACCACUAUUUGCUGAGUGAACAAGGUCGUGAAACUGCUGCUGCUGGAAUUGAGAUAAGACGAACCGAGAAGCAGUAAGGUGUGAGAAUUCAAGGGUCCUCGUCUGCCGUCCAGGUCCAAAAUGUUGGCCAGUUUAGGAAACAAGCUGCGCCACAAGAUGACCACCAUCUACGCCAAGAUUGCUCACCGCUACUCCAUUUCCGAGCGCAGCCUCCGAGAACACAUUUCCAUGAAGCCCAAGGACAUCCUGGGUCGCAGCAUUGCGGCCGGAAACUGGUCCACGCUGCUCGUCAUCAUCGUCAUAUAUCCGACGCUCCUCUACUUCCGCGGCUUCGAUUGGCAACUUCUGGGCGGCAUGGUGUUCAUGUACGUCUCCUUCUGGACGGUCGUCGUCCUCGCCGUGCUCGCCGUUCAGGUCGUCUGGCUUAUCAAUUACUGCAUUAGUCAACGAUUCGUGGAAAAUAUGCUGGAUUUUGAAAUACUUGAACGCCUCUUUGGUCAGGAUCGAGCCAUCCGUGACGAAUAUGACGAAGAUGACGAUGACGACGAAGACAUCGUUUUGGACGACAAUGAGACGCUAGACUCGAACGGGAGGCUCCGUGCGACGGGAUGACGGUCAUCAAUGUCGAUGAAACUUUUUGUGCAAAAAAUUUGUACAGGACUGAAAUUGACGUAUUACGUAACACAAUUUAAGGGAACAUGUCUGAGCUUCAUGAAUUGUUAUGGACUGAAUACUCGUAUUAGUUGUUGUCCGAUAGUCUGUAAUAAUGAGGGAUGAUGAUGACGAUCAAGGAUAAAACGUUGCUAUUUACCACAAUUAAUCUAAUUCUGACCUGAGCGCUGUGAUUUAUCUGAUUCCGAUCCGAAUAAGCUAUGAGUGCUGUAUUAUGUACGUUAAACUAUAUGUACCAAUUAAUUAAUUAAUAACAUUUAUAUGACACGACGCGAUAAUAAUCAUACAUAUGUAACAAUACUCGACAUUCUCAUCUUCAACUUAAAUAUGUAUUGAACUAAAGAUACAAAUGCAGAGUUUAAUAUUGGUGAAAUUAUUACAAAACAGUAGUUUACAAAAAGUACAAGGAUCAUUUCUGCCAGAAAUAUAAAUACAUCAUGGAAAAUAUUAUGUAUGUCAAUUUUGUUGCCAAAUAUUAAUUAUAUAUUUAUAUAAGUUUAUAGAUCCACAUGGUAUUGCUCGUUGUAAAAUGCAAAAUGCUAGUUCACGAAAGACGCGUGUUGAAUGUUUGUAAGAAUUCUUAUGCAUUUGGUUUGUUUGUGAUCUCGUGUACUUGUUGGUGAUCAUGAUUUCAAUGCAAUUUGUUUAUUAUCCACCUAACCAUGGGGCUUGCCUGCUAGAUUUAUUUGUAAUUUGCCAGCCAGGAUUUGCCAAUGCAAUUCAAUAAAACCACUGAAUGUGAAUCGUUUCAGUAUAAUAAUUUUACUAGUUACUUUUUAGCGUUGUAAGAAUAUACAUACUUUGUAUUGUAAUACUCUAAUGAUGAGGAUGAUAACCGUGCCACAGAUAUUUUUAUAGUUAUUAUCUUACAAUUAUUUGAGAUGGACUUUGUUAAUAAAGCUUAUUAAUGAGAGAGAAA